AUGUCGAAAUACGAGGCGAUGGGUGUCGACACCGCAGCAAUAGCUGCAGAUCCCUCCCGGGUGGUGGACGGCUUGGUCGGUGCAAUCAAGUCGAUUGCAGCUGAUCCCAACUACCAAAUCUUGGCUGAUGUCUUCAAUGAAGUGUUGCAACUCCGUACAAAAAACCGGGAGCUCGUCGACACAAAUCGCAACGUUUUCGAGCAGUACUGGCAGUUCCGCAAUGAACUUGAGAAAUCACGGGCUGAGAUAGAACACGCCAAAGCUGCACUUCAAGAGGAGCUCGCCUGUAAAGUCAAGGAGUUGGCCGAUCUGACAGACACGCAUAACAGCCUCAGUACAGAGCUCUCCAAAACAAAGACGACACUGGGAGAGGCCAUCGACAACAAAGAGACUCUUGAGGCCGACGUGAGCACUACAAAGACGGAGAUUGAUGGGCUACGCACCACACUUGCCACUCUCAAGGAAGACCUCAGCCAGGUCACUUCAAAACUGGAGGAACAAAAGCACGUGGCUGCUAAGACCGAAGAACAGAACUCAACACUGAAGGCCUCGCUCUUCGAGCGAGAGGAUGAGUUGGAGAAAGUCAAGAGCGACCUCCAGACGACGGAGCAACAGCUCCAGGAAGCCGUUUCCAGAGGCGACGGUCUCAGAGAGACCCUUGACCAGACCCAGCAUGAGCUCACAGCGAAGACAAUGCGUCUGAUAGAGCUGAACAACUAUCGAGUCGUCAUGAAAGAGGAGCCAGAAGACGUGUUCGUGAAAAUUCUCGACAACGUUUGGACAAAAGUGUUUGAUUUGGUCGAGUCACACUUCCAGCAGGAUCUUGCCGACCAUGUCCUAAGCGAUGCUUCACGCUGGAACAACCUUCGCAACGCUGAUGCACUGAAGGGCCCAACCCAAUUCCCGCUACCCCAGACCAACUCGCCGAUUGCAAAGGCGAUGCGCAUUGCUGCCGUCCUAUCGGUCCUCUCACGUACACUGUACCGAUACAUCUUCCGUCCGUUCUACCUUCUCCGAGACGACGAGGAGUUCACGGACCUUCUGCACGAAGUCGAAGACGACAACCCGACCAUGGAGGAGAACAUCCGGGCCACACUGCUGGCAACGAUGCCAGAGGUCCAGCAGGCCAGUGCCAAGGCUCGUGCUCAGCACGUAGUGCGGGAGGUCUCUUGGGUGGUCCAGCACCUUCUGGACGCCAUUGCCUACAAGAGCUUCUGCACCAGCCUGGGAAGUGCCUGUGCCGUGGCCUGCAUCGAAUGGCAGAAGAUCCAGCGUGCCAGGACGAAGAUCGAGCCGUACUUUGGGCCGCCAUACGACGAUUUUGACUGGCAAGAAUUGCCGCUGCCAGAGUUUGACGGACGCUCCAGCACCACGCGGCACCGCAGUCGUGACAGUAGUGUUACGCGCUGCGAGUCUCGGGCACGUGGAAUAGAGCACAGCGAUCUGGAGGUGCUGUCCGGUGCAAACGACAAGGCAGGUGGCGAUGGCGUUUCUAAGAAGAGUGCGGCAAGCAAGCUUGUGUCAAGGACUCCAUCGCCACAGCGUGUCGAGGGAAAAUCAGGAACUCCCGUUUCUGUUUCUGUCCCUGAGAUUAUCGCAGAUGUGGACAUGCAGCAUGAAAAUGCAGCGCCUAUCAGCGAAAUGGACGAGGACAGUGAGGUUGACCCAAGCGAUAUCAUCCUGGUGGUGUGGCCAAGCAUGGUGGUGGUAGAGAACGGCGAGCAGUCGCCCAUCACACAGGGCCUGGUGAUCUCCAAGCAGCAGGCGAGCCUGGCGUACCACGAAGUCCGCAUGGCACGUAUUGGACACCGCUCCUACUCCAAGCGGUCCCGCACCCUGUCCAUCCCGUCGACGCCAAUUUCGAGCGUUGUGGGCGGCUUUAAGCAGGACUUGUCUUUUCUAACCGAGGUUGGCGAGAGGGAAUCCGUCGCAUAG